GCUAAAUUGGACUCUCGAUUAUCGAUUGCUGCGUCGCUACGCAAAGCUGUGGCUUUUUUCACGACGCCUUUGCACGAUUUCUCACCGCCUGCAUUUUGCCACCCGAAUACCAACCACCCUUUCCUCCAGGCUGAUCUGAACGACGAAAAUCGCGCCUCCAGACCGCGAAGACUCCGACUUUUACCACCUAUUGCCGCGCCCCCAGACGGAUACCGCACGGCCGCGAGUACCCCAUUCCGUGUUCCUCAACGACAAACACGCACAUUCCUGUUCCAGUGCUUGACGGCCUUACAAAACCAGACGUCCCAACCCCCUCGGGCCGUACGUACCCUACAUCAUGGUAGAUGGCUGAAGAUGAUGACAUCGAACACUGCUGCGUCGAGGCGCCGCACUGCAGGCUGUGCCACUUCCAGCUGAAGGAUGGCGAGCUUGUGGUCGCCGCAAUCAGGGUCGAUCGUGUAUCUACUACGUUUGCUUUCCGCCGCCAUGACACAUUCGAGGACGACGAGGAAGGGAUUGCGAUCCAUCUCUGUGGUCGGAGCCUCUGUCAGAAGCGAGGUCGCAGACUGCCAUGUUUUCACGAUGAAUGCUAUGGGUUCAGGCCUCUUCCGAUAACCUCUAAAUUCCUCGACGCCACCGAGCAUCGCUUCGGCCCACCGCUCCGUGAACGCUCCCGUAGACGAGGCUACAUCCAGCACACAUUCGCCAAUAAGCUCAAACUCGGCCCCCUAAAACAACUACACAUGGAGAUAUGCGAUAUAGUAGCGGGGUAUUUAGUUCGUGAAUGCGCUAUUGUUACCUCUCAAGAGCUUGCCCUCAGCGACAAUUCGAUCGACUCUCUGGUUGAGCUAUCUCGCGACAUCUAUGCACGAUACGUCAGCAUCGAGGGUAUUCCCUAUGUACAGGCUCUGUACAACGUCUCACCAUCGGAAGGUGAAGGGUUGCGCGUCUUCAAAGCUAGGCGAGGGUGCGUUGUCAGGUCCAUUUAUGUCAAAUAUGAUCAUCUCGGCAUCAGAGGUGUCCAUUUCGACCUGCCGAGGGAUGGCCCGCUAUACUCCUCUGCUUGCGGAGUAUGGUGGACGGAACUGUCUCGAAGGAAUGGGAUCCUCUGCUUUACAGCAAAAACCGACGGCUUGAAGAUCAGGGAUCUUUUGGAUUCCACAGACGCCCCGCCCAAGCGCAACAGCAUCGUCCCAGCUCCGGGUUGGCCCAUGCCUGGCCUGGACUGCAGGGUAAUAGACCUCAAAACAUGCCAGGUUAUGCGGGGGGGACUCAGCCGCAUACGGAUGAGCUCCUUUGACUGCAACGCACCGGGCACCAAAGGUUACUUGGUCGGCAUCUUUGGACUUCGCCUAUCGAAAAUCUACGCACAUCAUCCCGGCGCCGACCUCCCCUGCCGUGCGGAGCUAGACAGUGUCCGCGACCCCACAGUAUGGGUUUAUAUGCCGAUCGACCCAGACGAAUACCUCGAGGAGGUUUGGGCCAUCUGGCAUCCAUCUUUUGGGUGCAUAGCACUGAUGCUCCUGACCAAUGCAGAACGAGUAGUCUUGUUUGGGGCCUACUUCCCGAACACGGGGCUCAAGUUUCACCGUAUCUACGCUACAACCAAUCGGCCAUCGCGCGUAUAUUUCAACGAAUGUGAUCCAGACAACGACGUUCCUUGGAUCAAAUAUUUAGCAUUCGAGAACUCAGAGGUAGACAUCCCUUCAUGCUCAGGAACAAAUUACAAGACCCAAUAUCCGCCGUCGCUCAUCCCAGCCUCGCCGCCCCCCUACACAAUGUCCACUGAGCUGUGGUAUUAUACCGGCUGCAGAAUGGAAAACGUUGCGGAAAUCGCCUGCUGCGUCGACGACGGGAAGGCUACAUAUAAACCCAUAGUCGGCAUGAUGUUAUAUUACAAGGAUGGUCGCCGAUCGUGCCUAGGACAAUAUCGCCCAGAUCUGGCGCUUGCUCCUCUCAGGAUAGACACCGCUGGGCUGCUAAGGAUAAGGAUGCAGAAGACGACAGAACGGUACCCAUGUGUCGCAGAGGUUAGGGUACAGGGUACGGCAGACUUGGACUCGUCGUGCUGGAUAAACAUCCCGUGGCACGGGAAACUUGAAUGGUGGUUUUCAUCACGACAGUGUACGCUACGCCACUUUGGCUAAAAAUGCGCAGCGUCGACAAGUCUUGGGCUGACUGACUGGCCCAUUGUUGUGGCGUGGAGCCUUGGAAAAGGCAUGAGAUUAGCCCAACAACUUAGAACAAGUACCGACUUGUUCUGGUUGUCCUUUUGAUCAAGGUGGGGAGGUCUUCCAUUAGCCGAACCGUGACAUAUCACCCAUUACUUGUGACGGACAAAUGGUGCAAGAUAGGUUCUAUUGUAGGCUUAUCUAGAUCUCUGAAGAGAAAGGAAGACGAGGCACGUGGCCGUGGCUUUAUCUGCAAU